UCCCCACCCCUCCAUCGAAAAUGCAAUAGCCUACGCAGGAUUUACUUCUUCCUGUGGGAUACGCUAGGAAUCCAACAAAACGGGUCAUCUUGGUGGUUAAAAAUGGACCGUGAUGUGCGCCGUACAUUGAUACGCUAAUGUCAUUUUACAGCCUUCAAAUAUGAAUCAUGCAUUUGAUAUUCCUUCUGAGUCUGGUCGUCAGCAUCCUCAUCGCCUUGCAAUGUCCAUUUGUCUCAACGUCAACGGUUUCCCCCGCCGCUGAAUAUGUGGACAUCGGGAACACGGCGUCAGACAAACCUGGGCGAAAGUCGACACCUUCAGCCAACUCUACAAGCCAGGGGCCUGGACAGGGGGUCACGAUUACCUAUCCUGCGAGACUGGUCUACUACCUAAACGAGGAGUCGGAGAGUACAAACCAUGACCUGGAUACCCGCGCGCGGAACCAGAACGCACUGGACCAGGAUAUCCACCUGGCUCAGGCAAGCUUUCAGCUUGAGGCCUUUGGGUCCACCUUUGUUCUGGACCUUUCUUUAAAUAAUGAUUUGCUGUCCUCAGAUUAUGUAGAGAUCCACUUCGAGGAUGGGAAACCUGUGCUUUCUAAGGGAGGGGAGCACUGCUACUACCAUGGCCAACUGCGAGGAAAGGAGUUGUCGCGUGUGGCCGUGUCCACUUGUAAUGGACUACAUGGUAUGUUUGAUGAUGGGGACUUUGUGUACCUCAUCGAGCCGCUGAAGCAGAUGCACUUCUCGAAUAUGGAGGCCAGACCCCAUACUGUACGCAGAGCCACCUCACUGCUCUCUCUGGGUGACGCAGUUGACCUGGGUCUGGGGAAACAGAGGGAGGACGAAGCUGAGGAGGAUGGGCCAGUGGAGGAGGUCUUAUCCGACAUGCCCUGGCUGAGGCGCCGGAGGAAACGAGCCAUGCCACGUAAUGUGUUCGAGGAGAUGAAGUAUCUGGAGAUCAUGAUUGUCAGCGACCACAACACGUUCAAGAGACACAAAACCAGAAAGCAUACCAGGAAUUUCGCAAAGUCAGUGGUCAACUUUGUUGAUUCGGUCUUCAAGGAACAGCUGAAUACGCGUGUGGUGCUGGUCGGCAUGGAGAUUUGGACCGACAAAGACCGCAUCCCCCCGAGUGUUCGUCCACUGGACAUGCUCAAGGACUUCUCCAAGUACCGGCAGAGCAGCAUCAACCUCAAUGCCGAUUCGGUGCACCUCUUCACGAAUGUGACUUUCCACUACGACCGGAGCAGCGUAGCGUACAUCGGAGGGGUUUGCUCAACAGCCCGUGGAGUCGGGGUCAAUGAGUAUGGUACGGCGUGGACCAUGGCAGCCUCUCUCUCCCAAAGCCUGGCACAGAACCUGGGCAUCCAGUGGGACCCCCCGACCAGGAGGAAGGAGUGUGGCUGUAUGGAUUCAUGGACUGGGUGCAUCAUGGAGGAUACAGGGGUACAGCACCCUCGAAGAUUCUCCAAAUGCAGCAUAUCUGACUAUAAGACCUUCCUGUUGAAGGGUGGGGCUUCAUGUCUGUUUAACAGACCAAAUAAGCUUUUUGAGGCCACCGAGUGUGGCAACGGGUACGUGGAGGUGGGAGAGGAGUGUGACUGCGGAGCACGAAUGGAGUGCUACAGAGACUGCUGUAAGAAGUGUUCUCUCUCUAAUGGUGCCCACUGCAGCGAUGGGCCAUGCUGUAAUGUCACCUGCCUGUUUUACCCACGAGGGUACAGCUGCCGCUACGCUGUGAACGACUGCGACAUUUCAGAAACCUGCUCAGGAGACUCCGGACAGUGCCCUCCAAAUCUCCAUAAGCAGGACGGGUAUUCCUGUCAGCUUAACCAGGGUCGCUGCUACAAGGGGGAGUGCAAGAGUCGGGAGAACCAGUGCAAGUACAUCUGGGGCUCGAAGGCCGGUGGUUCGGAAAAGUACUGCUAUGAGAAGCUGAACACCGAGGGAACAGAGAAGGGCAACUGUGGGCGUGAUGGAGACAAGUGGCUGCCCUGCAGCAAACAUGAUGUGUUCUGUGGGUACCUGCUGUGCUCCAAAAUUGGGAGGAACCCACGCAUCGGAACCAUGAGAGGUGACAUCACCCCAACCACAUUCAACCACCAAGGGACACUGGUGGACUGCAGUGGCGCCCAUGUGUUGAUGGACGACGACACUGACCUGGGGGGGUACGUGGAUGACGGUACUCAGUGCGGCCCCUCCAUGAUGUGCCUUGACCGGAGGUGUUUGCCCAUCUCUUUCCUCAACGUCACCGCAUGCCCCUCGGGCCCCAACGGACGCAUCUGUUCCGCGCAUGGGGUGUGCAAUAAUGAGGCCACGUGCACAUGUGACUCCACAUGGGCCGGCACAGACUGCAGCAUGCACGACCCCCCGAAGGAGCCACCGACCGAGCUGGACGAGGGACCCAAGGGUCCUAGUGCCACCAACCUUAUCAUAGGCUCCAUCGCAGGGGCCAUCCUGAUGGCAGCCAUUGUUCUGGGGGGGACGGGCUGGGGUUUUAAAAACGUCAAGAAACGGCGUUACGACGCCAAUGCCAGCGCCAUCUAGAGGACUGGAUGAGGCUGUGCACUCUGAGGUCAGAUCCUGUGGUGGAUUCAGCCGAUCGAUCCGACCUUCGCUGGACUCCUCAUUUCCCUUUCCUGCCGCUAACUUAGCGGUAGCGUUUACUUGAAGACAACAAACAGAACAACGAUACUGAAUGAAACCACUACUGACUACUGAGCAUCUUCCAUUUGUAGUUUUUUGGAACUACAGUACCCACGCUCUUGUAGUUGUUUGGAACUACAUUACCCACGCUCACCGCCCCAACCCUCCACCACCACCACCACCACCACCACCUAAUCUUUCCCUUCCUUUCUCCCAAAUCGACUUUCAUUACCCCACACUGCCCAUCCGUCCCUCUCUCCUCCCUCCUCUCCUCUCCUCCCUAAGCCUCACCUCCUGAGAGUCUCCCCUGCCUGGCGGAGACGGAGAGGGGGGCAGUGUGCUGGGGGGCGUGUCCUCGAAGGCCCACCCAUCAGGCAUGACUUCCUGUACAGCGCACUUUGACCUUUGACCAUUGACCUCCCGUGCGGAACCCCAGCAUGACGAGUCCUGGCUGAGGCACUGCAUGGCUGAAGUGAGUCACCCAUUCAAAGCGAAAAAAAAAAAGAUAAGACAAGAGAAAAAAAACAACAACACUUGAGUACAAUCAAAUUGAGUACAGUCAGUCAGUCACUACGAACACCAAAUUCAUGGAAAAGAGGCGUUUGGCAUCUAGGAUGACUGCCGACAACCCUACAAGGUAGCGUUGCUGUCAGCAACGCAAGUCCCUAAAGGAAGAAACUUGUAAUGUCACAUUGAGAACACGGAUCAGCUACUGAAUCUCAACAUAUCAUUUUACACUAUUACAUAAUUCUGCAUUUUUUGUUAGAAUUUUAGCAUGUUGUCUUGCAGGUGUUUUGGCUGUAUUAAAAACAAAAAUGACAGAAAGAAAAAAAAUUAGAAGGGGAAAUAUUUUGGCCAACAGUUAUAGACAGUUAUAACAUGCAAGGGAACACUUAUGAGCAGUGUUAACACCUUUCUCUUAGACUGAAAACAAACACACAGACACACACGCACGCACACACACACACACACACACACACACACACACACACACACACACACACACACACACACACACACACACACACACACUUCUUUCAUACACAAGUCCCAUACAUGAGUAACGUGGAGUCAAUGCUGACCUCACUGUUUAAGCCCAGUGUUCUCACGAAACCAGUUGAUAGACACUACAGUCAGUUAUGAGCUGCAUGAUCAAGACUAUUUAGUGGGCAGCCCUUUCCCAACUGCUCUGCUUCCCAUGGUUACUGCAUGUUAAAGGAUAAUUAAACAACUAACUCUUACUAUGCAAAGGAAAACAUUGCACAGACCUACUGAUUGGUAAUGAUUCUUCAAUGAUACUAUGAUGAUAUUACUAAAAUCAUGUUUUAGCUACUUAAACAAUAAUGCAGCCUUUUAUAUGCUUGGCCACUUCAACAUUUGUCUUUAUAACAAGCUUCAGAUAAACAUAGGAAAAACCGAAUGGAAAAAAAAAAGUCCAAAUGUCAAAAUGCAUCUGAUCACGUUCAUUUGUCUGAGUUUGAGAAAACAACCACUUGUGUCAUUUGUGAUAAAGAAAGAUGAAUUUUUCAAUCAAGCGUAAUUAUAGGAAUAAAGAAGGUAGGAAUAAAGGGAUCUUUCCAGAAUUUUCUUGGCUAGAGGUCUACAGUACGUGUUGGGUGUCCUGUGUACCAUUUUUGAGGUUACUUGGGUGUCCGCUCUCAUCUCCUCGUUCUUUCCCAUCAUCACAUGUUUCCAUGGAAGCACCAUCAAAAUAUUUAAAUAAAGGACUUGACAAAGUAUUGUAUCACUUGACAA